AUGAGCGACCAAAUGUCUCCGGACUUUGUGUUGAUGCGCCUCCUCGUCUCGCACCUGGAACAGCCCGAACACGUCACGUCCGGAAAAGGGGCUCUACCUCACGCCGUCUUCGACGUGGACGCCGGGGGCCCCCCGCAGGACAUAGGAUCCGCGUCCCCGCACUACAGCUCCCCUUUGCCCGGCCAUGGGGAGCUGGAAGGUGGGUUGCUCUCGCAGGAGAACCCCUCGGGAUCCGAGGAGGGCUUGGACUUCCCGGCCACGGGGAGGCAAGGGUCCAGGGCGCAGUUGAUGGUUUUCCGGAACCAGCUCAUGGACUUCAGUCUGGAGCAGCCCCCACUGGAGGGGAAGGAGACCUGUUGGUCGCACUCUUCGGGGUCAGGCUCGACUUCAGCCGGGGGCGCAGAGGAGCGAGACCCCUGCCACCCACCGUCUUUAGACGAGAACCUUCAGUGGCGUACCGAAGGGUCUGGUCCGUCCGGGUCGGUCCUCUGCCACCCCCUGGCCAAGUGGCCCAGGAAGAAUUGUGGCUGUGAUGAUGAGGAGAUGGUCCUGACUCUGAACCCGAGUGCAGAGCGGCUGGGAGGCCAACGAGGAGAUGAAAGGGGCCGGUGUUCCUGUCUGCUGGCUGCCAGGGGGAUGGCACCGGGCGAGGACCCCAGCGAGACCAGUGACGCCCUGCUGGUCCUGGAAGGGUUAGGGGCGGAGGCUGACGUCAAGGAAGUGGGGACGUGUAGGGGGGCGGACCCUGUGUUUUGCAGUGGGACCCUCAGCGGGCUGAUGCAGCAGGUCCACAGACUAGCUGGAGAAGCGGGUGUCUGCACCCAUCAAACUUGGAGGCCCCCUGCACCUGUCCACGGUGCCCCCUGCAGCCAGAUUGGAGCUUCCCCUGCCGGCCCCCCGUCCCCAGAGCCGCGGCGUCACCUGCAGCAUCAGUCGCGCUCCCAACCCCAAAGCCGGGCCACCACUCCAAAACUUGGCUUGGCAGCAGGGGGGCGCUCGGCUUCUCCGCUGGUGGUCCCGGAAGGGGACCCGGGCGGAGAAAGGACGUCCAGGGGUAAAUCCAGGAAAGGGGGGUCUCUGAGGGUGCGCCUCAGUAGACUGUUUCGUACUAAGAGUUCAUGCGGGGGUGCCGGAGGCCUUCUGGACAAGAGGCCGUCCCUGGCUUCGACCACAUCGUCGGCGGGGAGCCUGGUGGACAUCUGGGGUUCCACCGGUCUGUGGGGGUCUACCUGCGGCAAUGCGCAGGACUUUGUCGCUGUGAUGUCACUUCCUUACUUGUGCGUAAUGGCGCUUCCUGUCUUUUCUGACUUUGUGCAUGAAGGUGAAACGGUCUCUUUGGUGGACGUGGAGAUCUCUCGGAGGAAUUGUCUCCACCCUCCGACGCCUCCACCUCCACCCAGACGCAGCCUCAGUCUGCUCGAUGAUUUGGGGGGUGCGCCUUCGCCGGGAGUUACGUCAUCAGAGCGCAUCGACGGGGCCUCGAUGCAGUCGCUGCCUCCCCGACCCUCCCUGUCAACCAUCCAGCACAGCUUGAGUCUGAAUGACUCGUUCCCGCGGGUUCCGUCCAGGCCCGUCCCUCACCUGCCGGCGCCCCGCCUAGCACCUCGCUGCCCCCCGGAGCAUCCCGACGCCGGCAAUUUCGCCAGCAGCCUCCGUGAACUGGAAAAGUGUGGUUGGUAUUGGGGUCCGAUGACGUGGGAGGAUGCCGAGAUGAAGCUGAAGGGCAAAGCGGACGGCUCCUUCCUGGUGCGAGACAGUUCGGACCCCCGCUACAUCCUCAGCCUGAGCUUUAGGUCGCAAAGCGUCACUCACCACACGCGCAUGGAGCACUACCGAGGUACUUUCAGUCUGUGGUGUCACCCCAAGUUUGAGGACCGCUGCCAUUCGGUGGUGGAGUUCAUUGAACGCGCCAUUAUGCAUUCGAAGAACGGGAAGUUUCUCUACUUCUUGCGUUCACGGGUGCCAGGUCUGCCUCCGACACCGGUGCAGCUGCUGCAUCCUGUGUCCCGCCUAAGCAGCGUCAAGUCGCUGCAGCACCUGUGUCGCUUCUGCAUCCGCCAGCUUGUUCGCGUGGACCACAUCCGGGAGCUGCCGCUACCCACGCCGCUGAUCUCCUACCUGCGCAAGUUUUAUUACUACGACCCCGAAGAGGAGGUCAACCUUGCCAAGGAGGCCGACGACGCAGAAACGUAG